UCACUUGACCCAACAUGGCUUCCCUUGUCGAGCAAAUCAAACUUCUCGCUAACCCAGAACCAAAAAGUUUUGAUCCUGAAGAAGAUGAUUACAGCUCAACCAAAGCGCAGUUGGUUACAGGUCAUACUGAUAGUGACGAUAAUGGCGAUAGUACCGCCCUAAGUGCUCUUAGACGAGGAAACGCACCUUUGUUAGAGGAUGAAGACCCAAAGUAUGUUGGUAGAAGGACAUCACGAGCCGAAUUAGCUCGACUGAGGGGUGAUUUCCAAGACGUUGAGCUAUCAGAUGGUAAUGAUAGUAUAGAAGGUGUCUUAUCUGAGGAUGAUUCUAUAAAAGAAAGCAAUGGAACAAGGCAUAACCAAAAACCUCAAGAACUGACCGAUGAUGAAAAUGAUGUUGACGGAAAUGAUGAUGUCAGCAUUGAUGAUCCCAAUGUUGAUGAUGACAGAAAUGCCAGCCAUGAUGAUGGUUCCAAUGACGAUGAAGUUGAUGAUGAUGAUGACAGUGAGGAGGACAUGUCUGAUGAUGAUCGUUCUGUAAAAGACAUUCAGAAGUUCUCAUCUUCCAAUAUGGAGGAUGAAAUUGAAAAAGGGAAUGCUGUAAAGUCUCAAUUGAGUUUAUGGGAUAGCUUUUUGGAGUACAGAAUCAAAGUACAAAAAGCACUAGUUUUGGCCAAUAAACUUCCUCAGCAUAUGGACAUUCAACAAUUCACAGCAUGUGGAGACAAGCAUUUGUCAGAAGCACAGCAGCAAAGCAGGAAAUCCAUAUCAAACAUACUUCAAAAGCUUUUGCUUUUACAAGAGAAGCUUCUUGAGCAAAACCAAGAGACCAGUAAUAUACUACUUCUUCCUGGUAAUUCCCAGCAAAGUGUUGGUGAAGACGGUGAUGAGGAGAUCCCCAGUGAUUCUGAAGAUGAGGAGAAUGGUGCUGACACAGAAAAGAUCCCUAACAGCUCAACAGAAAAGGAAGGCUUAAAACUUAGUUCAAAGAGAAAAGCUGAAUUAACCGCUCAGGAGUUUGGAGAAUGCAUUUCUAAACGCCACAAAGCUUUCCAAGGCUUCCAAGACUCAACAAUAUCGAAAUGGAGUGAGAAAACAAGAUUAGCUUCUGGAAAAGUCAAUAAUAAGGGAUUUAGCUCUUUCGAUAGGUCGGCACUGACACAAAUAAGACAGAUUUUAAAUGAUAAAGACAGAUUGAUUAAAAGGACUCAGCUGAAGAGAAGUUCAUACAGAGCUCUUGGUAAAGCUACAGAAACACUUUGUGAAACUGAAAAUCAGCAGCUGGAAAGCACUGCAGAUGCUCACCUGAAAGACUACGACCCUCAAGUCUUUGAUGAUGAUGACUUCUACCACCAGCUUCUUCGUGAGUUAAUUGAAAGAAAGACGUCCUCAAGCACAGAUGAUCCCAUUGAGAUGGGAAGACAAUGGCUAGAACUUCAGAAGCUAAGACGCAAGAUCAAGAAGAAAGUUGAUACAAAAGCAAGCAAGGGCAGAAAGAUACGUUACAAUGUCCACAGCAAGUUAGUCAGCUACAUGGCACCUAUUGAGAGAGGCACUAUGUCUGACUCUUCAAGAAAUGAAUUGUUUUCUUCGUUGUUUGGCCAGAAGCCAUCGCACCCCGAAAAUGAAGUCGAAAGUAUCAAAUGAAGGGACAGACCUACCAUUGCUUAUAUAAUGUUGCCUUAAUUUCAAGAAAAUAACAUUAUCUUCAA